AUGAAAAGAGCAGCUCUAGGUAUCAAUUUACCGGAAGUGAUGGAUGACCCAUUGGUGGCUAAUAAAGUGAAUAAGACUUCCUGGGCUGUUAUCAGCGGGGUGGUAUGUGCGGCUGUGGUCAUUGCCUGUCUUGUUGGUGCUGCUGCUGUUUUUAUCAGUAGAAGACAACGGAAGCGCAAGGCUGUUUUGAAUGCGAACGUUGGAGAGUUGGCUAGUAUGCAAAUAUUUGCUGAUGAUAGUGAUAAUAAUGAGGAACUCCCAGGAAUGAUCUGUACGCCAGGACGGAAAUCAUCCACCAAUGUGGUCCAUACAGAUCGUACAGAUACUAUCGUCCCGGCACAACUUACACUUCUGGAACAAAAUACCCUGCUACAUACAAUGAAACAAAGUGGUCGACUGAAAGCAGUAUUGAAAGGAAAAAAGCCACCAAAAAUCACACGUGUGAUAACUUAUGCAACAUCCGAUGAUAUAACUAAUGCUGAUCGUUCUGCAAAAGAUGAUAACGCUUGCAAACGAGAAUUAGAUAAUUUAAUAGUUUCGGAAGAACUUGAUGAUGAUUUAUUGAUGAAGUUGAUUAGAAAUGGUCCAAAACAAUUUUCGUUCAAAUUUGAAGAAAUCAGAGAAAUUCUUCUCCAAGGAGCACAAGUGUUUCUUGAAGAGCCAACAUUAUUGGAGGUCCCAUUACCCUGCGUGGUUUAUGGUGACAUACAUGGUCAAUAUAGUGAUUUACAUCGAUGGUUUAACUUAAAUGGAUGGCCAAGUCAAGUACGUAGCGUGUUUUUAGGUGAUUUCGUUGAUCGCGGCUCGCAUGGCAUCGAAGUGGUUGCAUUACUUACUGCACUUAAAGUUCGUUUCCCGAAAAAUAUUUUUUUGUGUCGUGGUAAUCAUGAGGAAGAGUCGCUGAAUCGUGCAUAUUCAUUCUAUGAAGAAGUUUGCGUCAGAUUUUCUGAAAAUCUCGAUGGUAGAGAUGGUCGAGCGUUAUAUCCUUACUUUCGAAUUUUAUUCAAUAAUUUACCAUUGGCUGUACUUAUUGGAGGUCGCAUUCUUGGGAUGCAUGGUGGCAUUGGUCCAAAACUUACUUCACUUCAGGCAAUCCGAGAAAUUCGACGGCCUUUGGAGGAAUUCGAGGUUGGAUCACUGCAGUGUGAUUUGGUGUGGUCGGAUCCGGAUACAUCACCAGAUCAUACUGGUUUCCGAAGUAAUUUUGAACGUGAACCACUCUAUGGCAUUGGACAAUUAUUUGCUUCCGAUACAAUACAAAAUCUUUGCAAGAAGCUGGGUAUUGAUAUGCUGAUCCGUGGACAUCAGGCUUAG